GAGUCCGAGUCUCUCCGCUGCAGAUUUUCUGGAUUUAAAGAAGGAAGGCAGAUACGAUGUGGAACUGCGAGUGCUUACAAAGACGAGAAAAACUUUAUUGUAAUCAGGAGAUGCAACAAAGAUGUAAGUGGGCACCUAAUAAUGCUGAAACUCAGCCCAAAUGUCGUACAGAGUGAGUGGGCUCUAAUAUUGAUGCGCUGUGGUAUUUUUUCCACUGAAGAAAUGGAGAGUGAGUUGGACUCCGUUAUCUGUCCAGCCCAUCGUUAUAAGCUCGGGAUUAAUUGGAGAGCUGGAAGAACUUGUCACCACCCACUGCAUCGGGGAAAACGGAAGCCAUCAAGGCCAGUGAGUCCAGCAUUAUCAAGAGAAAUCAUGGAAAAUUUUGGUGUCCUACUUCCAGUGGGGUCAGGUAUCUGUCCUUAUUGCCGGAAUGCUCAUAAAGAGCAUAUGGAGAAAAAAUUUCCUGCUCAAACAUUGCAAGUGGCUGCUGCAGAUCAGCCAUUUCCAACUGAAGUUGAAUCAGAAAAUAUGCCAGAGCAGGGUGUUGAUGAGGGUGAGGAAUAUAGUGACGUUGGAGAAGAACCUAUGGAAGAGCAAGAUGUUGGUGAAGGAGGAGAGCCUCAGCCAGGUACCUCAGGCUUGCAAGUCUUUUCUGAUGUAGAGUCAAGCUCUAGUGCUGACACUCAGCAUCCUGUUGGACAGAAAAGGAUAAAGUAUGGAGACUAUGUAUACCCCAGCAGCACUUCUGGGUCUAGUGAUAGUCCAGUAAGGCCUCGAAACAUCCCAGUUGACCUUGAUGCUUCGUGGGCUCCCACCCCUAUGCCACCUAGGAAUCAGGACCUUGAUAAUCUGAAUCAGUUUCUUAAGCGAGGUGGAGUUAACACAGUAGCUGGUCAGUUGAAGAAGCCUUUAGAAGAUGCUACAGAACGCACCAAGAGAUACUAUAAACAGAAAACCCGCGAGGCAAUCAAUUUGGUCCUUACAUCCCUUGCCCCUGGACAGGAAGAGGACUUGUGGCUAAAUUUCCAGCUACCAGAGAAAGAUCGAACUCCAGCCCUUACAAGUUCACUUGUAGAAUGUUACCAGGCUGCUGAUUCAUGGGAUGUGAGACGUCAGAUUUUGUCAUUGCUUGUUAGACACUUCCACAUCAGAACUCAUGAAACUUAUCCCUGGUUUGACCAAGUAUAGGAUAUCAGAAGCAAGAAAGCAUGCAGCUGAGGUAGGAAAGGGUCAACCUGUCCAAAAACAAGAGAGCAAGAGAUCAAGAUUGGAU